AUGAUGGAACCAUUAGAAAGCGAUCCGGGGUUGGAUCACUCUUAUUCCAUGCCUGUCGAUCAAGAAAUAAUUGCUCCCCCUUCCUCCACCAACAAUACUACUACGAGUAGGAUGAUCACAACCACUCCUGUCAUGGACAUGGACGAAGCUGCGUUGAACGCAUUGGAAGGUUUCCCUCACUCCAGACCACUUGCCUUUUUGAAAUCCAUGAUUCAAGAGUGCUUAUGUGACACCUUUGCUCCUGGUGAAAGAGCUGUCCCUGGAGUUGUACCUAUGGAACAAUUCAUUCAACUCACUGGCGUGGAAUACAUUGGUUUAGGAACCUUGGGUCAGGAAGCAUCAGCCAAGGAAAAAGCCUUUGAGACUCUAGAACAGAUCGAAGUUAGAAGCACACGAAUGAUUUCCAUUGGAUAUUUGAUGGACGAUGACAAUGGACUUGGGAUCAAGAAGACGCAAAAGAUACUGUUGGACGUUUGGAACGAAGAAUAUCCAGACGACCGAGCCAUGUCCAGAACCAUUCGAAAAGUUCUGUGUUGUAUACAAUAUAGGGACUACGUUGCUGCAUCUCGUGAAUUGGAGAGGAAGUAUGAUAUCCAACAACGUAGGAUCACGAUGGUCAAUAACGCAUACAUGGUCGGAAUCACGGCACAUAAUCUCGGUGUUCUUUCGGUGCUCAUGGGAAAACAAGACGAGGCGAUGACAUACUUUGAAGAAGCAGUGGCUUUCAAGCGUGAAGCAUUCGGAAAGGGCCAUAUUGAAAUUGCUCCAACCUUGGAUGAGCUAGGUGUUCAACUAUUUACACGGGAACGGUACGGCGAAGCUGUUGUUGCGUUCAAGGACUCGUUUGAAAUUGUAGCCAAGAACCUUGGAACAUCCCACCGUCGGCUGAGCGCUUUAAAGAACAAUAUCGCCUGUUGUUACGUUGCCAUGGGAAAUAUGAAAGACGCUACGGCAGCAAUAGAAGAGGCUCUUGGAAUCAUUGACAGAGCCACUCCCGAUCAGCCGUCUGUUGAAACGGAUUGGAACUACCUGUACCGAACGUUUGUACUCAAUAACUCUGGGUAUAUCCGGGCAUCUGCAGAAAACUAUAAGGAAGCCAAAUUAGAUUUUGAAGAAAUAUUGCGGAUUCAAAUCCAGAAUCCACUGUUUAAAGAUCUGUUGGACCAUAGAUUUGUUCGCGACAGCACCAGCAACUUUGAGUUUGUCAGCUCACGCGCUUAA